AUGGUCGACUUUGCCCCUGUACGCAGAGUACUGACCGCCAACCUACCGCUUUCGUCUUCCUGUGAUGCAACGAGCAGUUCACAACCAGCAGUGGCCGUUUAUUCGGAAAAUUUACCCAGCCCGGACCUGAAAGAAUUGCUGCAGCUAGGGGCCUCUUGCAGCAACACGAGUAUCUUCGCCCACGCCAAAGUUCCGACCUCUAAUGAUGGAUUCAAGAACGUGCAGCCUGAACAGGUUCCGCCACCUGGAAUAUACAUGCCGGCUGGGGUUCAUAUCACUUGCACCCAGGCCGCUCCAGGCUUUAGCGCCCCUUUGCACCGAACGACGUCGACUGACUAUAUCUUCGUCCACAGCGGCGAGCUUACACUAAUCACGCCGUCCACCGAAUACGACGCUGACAAGGGCCAGGGAGAGCUUCAAGAGACAAUCUGCAGGGCCGGAGAUGUCAUUGUGCAACGGGGAACCAUGCACGGAUGGGCAAACAAGGGCACCGAGGUGGUCCAGUAUUUUGCCGUCAUGGUUGGGAGUGAGGCAGUCAGUACCGAGAUCAACCGCACUGAUAGUAGACAUAUACUGCCAGAUUGGUUUCCUAGGCCGGUAGAAAGGGUCCGAGAUCCCUGA